CACAAGUCGACUUCUUCACAAGAAGGUGGCUCCGUUCUGUUAACGAUUUUGUUAUUAUUUGCGAAAAUUAAGCAGUGGAAAAAGGGCUGAAGAUCACGAAUACGUUAAAAUUCAAUAUCAAAAUGGAUUCUAAUUCUGAUAUUAGUAUCGGUCAAUUGUUGUUCGAGAAAAUGAAGACACACGACAAUGUUAUAUGUCAGAUUGACGCCGCAACAGGUGAAGAAGAGUCCUAUGCCUCCGUUCUGUCGCGUUCGAUCAGAAUGGCCAGGGCUUUGAGAGCAUUCGGUCUGAAGCCUGGUGACGUACUUGCUCUGGGAGGCAGGAACCAUUUGAACCUCCACAUACCAUUUUACGCAGCACUCUUCAACGGCUUGCCAGUAGUUGGUAUCGAUCCGUUUUUCAAAUAUGACGAAGUCCGCACACUCUUCAAGCUGACUGAACCUAAAAUAGCGUUUUGUCAAGCUGAGUCUUUCAAUAUAUAUUCUGAAGUCGCUAGAGAUCUAGGGUUGAGUACGAAGAUCGUGUGCUUCGAUGAAGGAGAACAUUGCUCAUUCGCUGAAUUUAUCGAGAUAUACGAUACCAAGGAGCCGGAGGAAGAAUUCAAAAUAGCAGAUUUCGAUAUUGAGAAAAUAUACGCAUUCCUUGUCAGUACGAGUGGUACCACCGGGAAGGUAAAGAUUGUCGCCUUCAACCAUAAGCCCUUCGUGUUAAAAAUAGUAUGGCUUCUGCGUCAGUACAACUACGACAAAAAUCCGAAUAAGAUUGUUUUAAAUCUAUCACCCGUGAAUUGGAUAUCAAAUUAUUUCAUGUCUGUUGGCAACGUCAUCAUUGGAGAUACAAAGCUGCAGACCUCAAUACCUGACAGCUAUGAACACGUCAUUGACAUAAUAAAUAAAUACAGGCCUGUCCAAGGAUUAUUUAGUCCACCGUUCGUGGCGUACUUAGUGAGUCAAAAAGAUAAAGUCGAUCUCACCUGCUUCAAAAACAUUGGCAUCGCUGGAUCGAAGAUUUAUCCAGGUGUCAUGGUACAGUUCAAGGAACUGCUAGCCAAGGAUGCAAUAGCUUUGGAGGCGUACGGACAGACGGAAAUGAUGGGAUCUGUUUUAGCCCCUAAUCCUACAGGACCAAGCGAGAGCUGUGGAAGACCUUUACCAAUAUACGCAAUCAAGCUCAUCGAUCCUAAAACCGGCUUGGAAGUGAAAGAACCCUACAUUACUGCAGAAUUGUGGGCAAAAGGACCGAGAUUUACGGAAUAUUACAACGAUCCCGAGGAAACAGCAAAGGCGUUCACAGAGGAUGGCUAUUUCAAAACAGGCGAUUUAUUGUACAAAGAUGAAAAUGACAAUUACUUUUACGUGGAUCGGCUAAAAGCACUUAUUAAAUACAGAAACUCCCACGUCAUACCAAUGGAACUGGAAGAACUGAUAAGCACACACCCUGGUGUGAAGCAUGUUUGCGUUAUCGGCAUUAGUGAUCCUCUUGAUGGCGAGAGACCAGUCGCUUGUGUGGUGAAAGAAAAUGGUAACAAAGUCAGCGCUCAGGAAAUUAAAGAUCUUGUUGCGAGUAAGUUGUCGAAAAAUAAACAAUUACGAGGUGGAGUUGUUUUCCUUGAUAGUUUACCGUUUACGUCAUCCCAAAAAGUCGCUAGGAGCAAACUUCAAGAGAUGGUUCAAAGUAUGAAGCGAGAAUAGAUUUUAAGGCACUCGAUGAUAAUUUUAGGAGUUUAAAUAUUUUGGCCGCCAUCUUCAUUUCGAAUGUCCGUUGAUAUCAUUUAUAAUUAUAAGCAAAUAAUAAGAAUUAAUCGAACUUGGAUUUUAGAUCGAGACGGCUUGACAUGAGCCUUUAACAGCCAUUGGUAGUUGAUAUGUUUUCUGAUUGUGAUGAUUGAGUUGUUAAUUACGAUUAUUUUUAUCUAUGUCUUUAUUUUUUCUUAUUUAAGUUUAGAU